AUGACCGGCGGGCAGUCUUGCAGUUCUAAUAUGAUCGUCUGGAUACCAGAUGAGAAAGAAGUUUUCGUAAAAGGGGAGCUGAUGAGUACCGAUAUCAACAAGAAUAAAUUUACAGGCCAAGAAGAACAAAUAGGAAUUGUCCACCCGUUGGAUUCCACAGAGGUUUCUAAUCUAGUGCAGGUACGAAUAUCCGAUGUAUUUCCAGUUAACCCAUCGACUUUUGACAAAGUAGAGAAUAUGUCUGAGUUAACCCAUUUGAAUGAGCCGUCUGUGCUUUAUAACCUAGAAAAGAGGUACGAUUGUGAUCUAAUAUACACCUAUUCCGGCUUAUUUUUAGUGGCGAUUAACCCUUAUCACAAUUUGAAUUUAUAUUCUGAAGACCAUAUAAACUUGUACCACAACAAGCAUAACAGGUUAUCAAAGAGCAGAUUGGAUGAAAACUCCCAUGAAAAACUGCCGCCGCAUAUAUUUGCAAUUGCAGAAGAAGCCUAUGAGAAUCUUUUAUCUGAAGGAAAAGAUCAAUCUAUUUUAGUCACUGGUGAAUCCGGUGCGGGCAAGACAGAAAAUACGAAAAAGAUUCUACAAUAUCUAGCAUCUAUAACUUCUGGCUCUCCUUCCAAUAUAGCUCCUGUUAGUGGUAGUUCUAUUGUAGAAAGCUUCGAAAUGAAAAUUCUACAAAGUAACCCUAUCUUAGAGUCUUUUGGUAAUGCACAGACUGUACGAAAUAACAACUCUUCAAGAUUCGGUAAAUUCAUAAAGAUAGAAUUUAAUGAACAUGGUAUGAUCAAUGGUGCGCAUAUCGAGUGGUACCUUUUAGAGAAAUCAAGAAUUGUUCAUCAAAAUUCGAAAGAAAGAAAUUAUCAUAUAUUUUACCAACUAUUAUCCGGUUUAGACGAUUCUGAGUUGAAAAAUCUACGCCUUAAAUCUAGGAACGUAAAAGAUUACAAAAUUUUAUCCAAUUCUAACCAGGAUAUUAUACCAGGAAUCAACGACGUAGAGAAUUUUAAAGAACUGCUCUCGGCAUUGAAUAUUAUUGGGUUUUCAAAAGAUCAAAUAAGAUGGAUAUUUCAAGUAGUGGCAAUUAUUUUAUUAAUCGGUAACAUUGAGUUCGUAUCAGACAGAGCAGAACAAGCAUCUUUCAAAAAUGAUGUUAGCGCAAUUUGUAGCAAUUUAGGCGUGGACGAAAAAGAUUUCCAAACUGCCAUAUUAAGGCCUAGAUCAAAAGCCGGAAAAGAGUGGGUUUCACAGUCCAAAAACUCUCAACAAGCUAAGUUCAUCUUGAAUGCCUUAUCAAGAAAUCUUUAUGAGCGGUUGUUCGGAUAUAUUGUGGAUAUGAUUAAUAAAAACUUGGACCAUGGGAGUGCAACUUUGAAUUACAUUGGAUUGUUGGAUAUUGCUGGUUUUGAAAUAUUCGAAAAUAAUUCCUUUGAACAAUUAUGCAUCAACUAUACAAAUGAAAAAUUACAGCAGUUCUUUAAUAACCAUAUGUUUGUUUUAGAACAGAGCGAAUAUUUAAAGGAAAACAUUCAAUGGGAUUAUAUAGAUUACGGAAAAGAUUUGCAACUGACGAUUGAUUUGAUCGAAAGCAAGGGGCCACCGACCGGUGUACUACCGUUGUUGGAUGAGGAAGCCGUUUUGCCCAAAUCCACUGAUGAGUCAUUCUACUCUAAACUGAUCUCAACUUGGGACCAAAACUCUUCAAAGUUUAAACGUUCAAGAUUAAAAAAUGGGUUCAUUUUGAAACACUAUGCUGGGGAUGUGGAAUACACUGUGGAAGGCUGGUUAUCCAAAAACAAAGAUCCUUUAAACGAUAAUCUCUUGUCUUUGUUGUCUUCUUCACAAAACGAUAUCAUUUCAAAACUGUUCCAGCCAGAGGGCGAAAAAUCUUCUAGUGCUGGUGUGGAAGCCAACAUCUCCAACCAAGAAGUUAAGAAAUCAGCUAGGACAAGUACCUUCAAGACUACAUCAUCACGCCAUAGAGAACAGCAGAUAACAUUACUAAAUCAACUAGCUUCUACCCACCCACAUUUUGUUCGUUGUAUAAUUCCAAACAACGUGAAAAAAGUGAAAACAUUUAACAGAAGGUUAAUCUUAGAUCAAUUACGUUGUAAUGGUGUGCUAGAGGGUAUUAGACUUGCCAGAGAAGGUUACCCAAAUAGGAUAGCAUUCCAAGAAUUUUUCCAGCGGUAUAGGAUCUUGUAUCCUGAAAAUUCAACCACCACGACUUUCAGUUCUAAAUUAAAAGCCAGUACCAAACAAAACUGUGAGUUUCUUCUAACGUCUUUGCAACUGGAUACAAAAGUUUAUAAAAUUGGUAAUACUAAACUGUUUUUCAAAGCUGGAGUAUUGGCAGAUUUGGAAAAACAAAAAGAUGUUAAGCUGAAUAAUAUUAUGAUUAAACUAACAGCAACUAUACGAGGUUACACAGUAAGAAAAGAAAUAACGUACCAUCUACAAAAAUUAAAGAAAACAAGGGUGAUUGGUAAUACCUUCAGAUUAUACAAUAGACUGGUGAAGGAAGAUCCUUGGUUUAAUUUAUUUAUCAGGAUCAAGCCACUUUUAACAUCAUCCAAUGACAUGACCAGAACCAAAAAAUUCAACGAGCAAAUUAAUAAACUGAAGAACGACCUUCAAGAAAUGGAAUCUAAGAAGAAGUUUUUGGAAGAAAAGAACCAAAAAACUGUCAAUGAGUUGGAAAAUACGCAGGACUUGCUAAAUCAGGAGAAAGAGAAUUUAAGAAAAAAUGAGAGCUUAUUAAAUAGAGUUAAAACCAGCUCAGAAACAUUACAAAAACAAUUCGAUGACCUUGUUUCUGAAAAGGAUGAAAUUAGCAGGGAAAAACUAGAAGUUGCGCAAAAUCUUGAAGAAGCUCAUCAAAAAAUCCAAGGCCUUCAAGAAACUAUUAGAGAACGGGAGGCGACCUUAGAGAAAUUACACUCAAAAAAUAACGAACUAAUAAAGCAAAUAUCAGACUUGAACUGUGACAUUUCUAAGGAACAGAGCUCCCAGUCUUUAAUCAAAGAAUCUAAAUUGAAGCUAGAAAACGAAAUAAAGAGAUUAAAAGAUGUCAUAAACUCGAAGGAGGAAGAAAUAAAAUCGUUCAACGAUAAGUUAAGUUCCUCAGAAGAAGAUCUUGACAUAAAAUUGGUCACUUUAGAGAAAAAUUGUAACAUUGCGAUGUCAAGACUACAAUCCCUUGUAACAGAAAAUUCAGAUUUGCGUUCGAAAAAUGAGAAUUUCAAGAAAGAAAAGGCAGCACUGAAUAACCAGUUGAAAAAUAAGGAAAGUGAACUGUUAAAGAUGAAAGAAAAAAUAGAUAAUCACAAAAAAGAGCUUGCUACUUUUUCCAAGCAAAGAGAUGACGCAGUUAGCGAACAUGGUAAAAUUACUGCUGAACUAAAAGAGACAAGAAUCCAACUUACCGAGUAUAAAUCUAACUAUCAAAAGAUUAAAGAAGAAUAUUCCAACUUCCAAAGAGAAACGAAGGAACAGGAGCAAAAGAAAAGAAAUAGCCUGGUUGAGUCUCUGAACGAUAGUAAAAUUAAAGAAUUGGAAGCUCGGUUGUCACAGGAAAUAUCCUUAAAUCAAUACUUAAACAAAAGAAUAUCAGGAAAUUCUGUAGAAACGAAUAUUUCGUCUACUAGACGUUCCACAUCGUAUUCAGAUGAUCCACUUGACAAAGAAGAUAUAAUAAAAAAAUACUAUGACCUUCAAUUAGCGUUUACUGAAAUAACUAGGAAUCUAGAGAAUGAAAUUGAAGAGAAGAAGAACUUAAUUUCUAGAUUGAGAUUCACUGAAACAAGACUAGCAUCUUCGUCUUUUGAGGACCAAAAGAUUAAGGCACAAAUGAAGAAAUUAAAAAAAUUGAUCCAGGAUAUGGACCCUAGUAUUCCUUUGGACAGUAUUCUAAAUGAGCCGCUAGAUAACUGCCCUGACAAAGAGUCUGAUAUUAACAAAUUAAUGCUUGAGGUCGAUUAUUUAAAAAGACAAUUGGAUAUCGAAACAAGAGCUCACUACGAUGCAGAAAAUGCCAUAUCUGCUUUACACAGUAAAUUUAGAAAGAUCCAAGGGGAAAGCUCCCUGUCAUCUUCUGAUAUUUACAAACUGAAGUUCGAAGCCAGUGAAGAAAGAGUCAAAUCCUUGGAAGACAAGCUAAAAACCAUGCCUUUACGUGAUCGAACAAAUUUACCUGUCGGAGAUAUUAUAAAGAACCGUGAUAGCAUUUCAAAAUAUGAAGAAGAAAUUCGCUAUUAUAAACUUGAAAACUACAAGCUCCAAGAAAUAUUAAAUGAAUCAAAUGGAAAAUUGAGCCAACUCACUCUUGACUUGAGGCAAUCAAAAUCCAAAGAAGCCCUACUUAGUGAACAAUUAGACAGAUUACAGAAAGACCUUGAAUCUACGGAACGCCAAAAAGAACUACUAUCAUCCACAAUAAAACAGCAGAAACAGCAAUUUGAAAACUGCAUGGACGAUCUGCAAGGGAAUGAACUGCGGCUAAGAGAACAUAUUCAUGCACUAAAACAAGCUGAAGAGGACGUAAAGAAUAUGGCGUCUAUCAUUGAAAAAUUGAAAACUCAAAAUAAGCAAAAGGAAAAGUUAAUCUGGGAGCGCGAAAUGGAAAGAAAUGACUCAGAUAUGCAAUUACAGGAAACUCUGCUGGAGUUGAAGAGAGUCCAAGAUGUAAAGAAAAUCCUGAGUGAUGAUUUGGCCCAUUUAAAGGAGCGAUUGAGCGCUGUAGAAGAUAGAUCCCAAUAUACGGAUGAGAUUAAUAGAUUAAAGGAAGAAUUGAACUGCUCUUUAAAAGCUGAAACAAACUUAAAAAAAGAAUUUGCAACCCUUAAGUACAAACUGGAAACUUCGACUAAUGAUUCUGAAGCAAAAAUCUCCGAUCUGCUGAAGCAGCUCGAUCAUUAUACAAAAGUGGUGGAAAUGUUGAACAACGAAAAAGAUGCUAUUUCUCUUGCAGAAAAAGAACUUUAUCAGAAAUACGAGGCACUCAAUACUGAAUGCGAGUCUCUUAAAGGAAAGAUAGUGUCUUUGACUAAAAUCAAGCAGGAACUGGAAUCUGACUUAAAUCAAAAGACUGAUGCGCUACAGAUAUCAAACGCAGCACUCUCAAGUUCCACACAAAAGAAUAAAGAGAUUACUGAAAAAAUCAAAUAUCUGGAGGAAACACUACAACUGCAAAUGGAACAAAAUUCAAGGAAUGGGGAGUUGGUUAAGACAUUACAGGCCAGCUGCAAUGGAUAUAAAGAUAAGUUUGAUGAUGAGAAGCAGAAGAAUAUUGAUUUAUAUGAAGAAAAUCAAACUUUACAAAAGCUCAACACCGACUUACAGCUUCAACUAAAAAAUUUGCAUGAAAGAUUAUCAGACACUACUGAAAAAAACGCAUGGUUAUCAAAGAUUCAUGAAUUGGAAAAUAUGGUAAGCCUAGAAACGGACUUGAAAUAUGAAGAAAUGAAAAAGAACAAGAGUUUGGAGAGAGCAGUGGAAGAGUUACAAACUAAGAACUCCCAACAAACAGAUGUAAUAGAACUAGCGAAUAAAAAUAGAAGCGAAUUUGAGGAAGCUACUUUGAAAUAUGAGGCUCAAAUCUCUGACUUAGAAAAGUACAUUUCUCAACAAGAGCUUGAGAUGAAAAAAUCCAUUAGAGAUAAUUCUUCUUACCGCGACAAAGUGCAGGAAAUGGCCCAAGAAAUUGAAUUCUGGAAAAGCCGUUAUGAAUCUACCAUGAUAGGCUCGAAAAAUAUUGAUAGUAACAAUGCACAGAGUAAAAUUUUCAGUUAA